GACAGAUGAUUUAAAGAUAUUGACGAAGUGGUUUCAAUUUACCUUGAACUACGAAAAAACAAAAUACUUAACCUUUUCGUCCAACAAGUUGAGGCAACCAAGUUUUGGAAAUCUACCAAUCAAUGAUAAAUUGCACAUCCCAGCAACACAAUCAACUAAAUAUCUAGGUGUCUUUAUUGAUGACCACCUUGAAUGGGAUAUGCAUGCGUCCUAUCUAACAAGAAAGCUGAGAGGUGUUCUGUGCAAGUUUAGGUAUAUAAAAAAAUGCAUAAGUUCUGAGAGGCACAUGCAUAUACUGUACAAUGCAUUGGUUCAGUCGCAACCGAGGGGUAAAUAUCUGAGGAUUUAUGGUGUACAGUCUGUGGGAUUUACGGGGAUUUACAGGGAUUUACGGGGAUUUAUGAGGAUUUACGGGGAUUUAUGAGGAUUUAUGAGGAAUUAAAAGGAUUUACAAUUGAUAACCAAGGAUUUAUCGAGGAUUUACCAAGGAUUUACCCAGGAUUUAAAUGAUCAUAUACUGCGCAGAAGCAAUCGCCUACCACGUGUCCAUCGUUCGAGGAUCUCGACCAAUUACAUUACAUUUUAGAUAUUUACGCAUGUCUUCGGCACGCAAUGGCCACUAGUUCAGCCUAUUCGAGAGAAUAUUAAUAAUACAACUAUUAUUAUUCCAGUUUAUUGAUUUGAUAGAGAAGGAUCCACAGAAUAAAGGCAUCGUUGCUUAUUUAAAAUUGAUGCGUUUAGUUAUUGAUUCGUUUUUAGAUCCCAAAAUAGAUGUAACGCAUCGAAUUUAUUCAAUGUGGUAUUGCGUUUUCUUUCUUAGAAUUUGGCGUCAGUGGCUUACAAUAAACAAAUACAAAAUCGGAGAGCAUUUCAUUUCAUCAAACUGCUAUACUUGCAUAGAGUUGAAUGCACACUCAUUAAUUAAUAUUGUCGUAAACAUUCGUGAAAAUCCAUCUCUAUCAAGCGACAUGUUUCUACCUGUACUUUUUGGAAGCCAGAAAUGUGAACAGACGUUUAGGACUAUGAGAUCCAUGACCUCCACGUAUUCGACGGUGAUUAACUUUAAUGUUAAAGAUAUUUUGAGGCGUUUAGAGAGAAUUAAGACAGUAAAUAAUAUUAUACACGAUCUGAACAAUGUCAUUUCAUUUCCAAGGGAACAAAAACGGCAAGAGAAAAUGAAUAUUGACACGAAUUCGCUGGUGUUUACAGAUUUAAAACACUAUACGGAUACUAUGAUAGCCGACGCAGUCGAGCGUGCACGACAAGAUGCUCUAGCGCAUACGCGAGAACUUGGCAUGUUUGUAGAAGAAAACACCAUGUAUAAUGCUACAAUUCCACCAUUAAAAGACCUUGUAAAAGAUGAAAGCGAGGAUAAAAGUCUAGAAGAUGAAGAGGAUAUACAGAUCGACGACAACAUGAUCGACAACAGUGAUAGUUCAUACCGAGGUUCACCAAAUGUUUCACCAAAUCAGCUUCAACCGAGGCUUCAACAUUUCACUUCUCUACCAAUUGAAAAUGAAGAAAUUAACGGCGAUGACUUGAACAAUCCAAAUAGUCAUUUGUUCAAGGAUUUGUGCAACAUAUCGAGUGUCGGAGUUAUGGAUAACUUAAUUCUGAGAAGUUAUGAUCAGAAAUUAAUGGAUGACAAAAUUGAAGAUGGUCCAUAUGUCCGAGUCACUGUUGGAAAUAAAUCGAAAAUUAUCAGAAAAUCUUCGCUCUGUUGGUUGCUAGAGGAAACUAAAAAUAGGGUUAGUACAGACAGACUACAACGUUUUGUUGUAAAAAGUACAGAAAGACCUCAAAGGGCACUAGAAGUAGGUCGCAAAAAGUUGAAUUCAUUAAAAUCCAAAGGAACAUACAUAAAGAGAAGCUCGAAGAGAGGUAAGAGAGAGAACUCUGGAGAUAUCUCAGAUAGUUCUGAAGAUGAUACCAUCAUAAAAUAUGACGACAGUCCAAGUACAGAAACGUUCUCUGAAAAUGACUCUGAAGCUGGUAUUGGAAUUAACUUUAAUGAAGGCGAAUAUCAAGGAAAAAAUUUAGAAAAAAAAUACUACCCCCAACAUUCCAGUUCAUCGAGCUUGACAAUUUCCUUAGAGAAUAAUAAAUAUUAUGCCGUAUAUUAUGACGAAGGAUGGUUCAUUGGAAAACUUCUGAGGCAUAUUGAUGGUACUGCCGAUAAUCCAAUAGUCGAAAUCACAUUUUUAAAACAGAAUAAAAGAAAAAAAUGUGAAUUUAAAUGGCCUGGGAAAAAAGAUUUGUCAAAUGUGGAAACACAAUAUAUAUUUUUCGGACCUAUAGCAAUAAAGGAGAAAGAAUCGGGUAUUUUCAAUAUCACUGAAGACGUGUUGAGUCAGAUUAAUAUUGCUUACUCUAAUAAAAAGCAGAAGUGAUGACAUAUUAUUAGUUAUUAUUAGAAAAUAUAGACAGCGAAUAAUACUGUACUUUAGUUAGUCUUGUUUACUACAUAAGGGUUGCUAAUAAAAAUUUUUUUAAAUUUUUGAAUGCAUCUUAUUACUAGUCCUUUCACUCGCGUCUAAGCCCAAUUUGCCAGCUUUAACUUAAAAACAAGCUACAUAUAAGUAAACCUACAUAGGAUUUACGGGGAUUUCUUCGGAUUUAUGGGGAUUUAUAGGGAUUUUUUCUGAAUUAUAGGGAUUUUAGGGCUUUUAUUAGGAUUUAUAGGAAAUUAUUGGUAACUCACCAGGAUUUCAAAGGAUUUAUUAGGAUUUCUAGGGAUUUAAUUCCAACAAAGGAUUUAUGGUGUACAACAUUUUGGCCAGAUAUUUAC